UCAUGUUUGUGGCCACUGGGAUGUGUUGUGUUUACGCUGGCGGGCGACGUAAACAAUUCUAAACGUCAUUUAAAACUCCGCCUACUGUAAAGGAGGCUGUACGUGUCUGGACUGCACUAUAACACUUCGGGGCCCUGAUGCUUCACCUAUUUAGCCAUAUCAGCGCUUUUAACCUCAACAUGGAGUGUAUCAUAGACCGAGAAGACUGUUAACUGUGAGGAAUGACUGGUCAUGCAAGCUGAGAAGUGCUGUUGAAAGGUGCCAUGCGGUCGGUUGAUGAAAACGUGGAAAGUGGAUUAUUUAGUCACAAUAUUCAGCAGAAUGGCUAGUAAUAAAGUGUUUGAUUGUGAAGGCUCAAACAUCACAACAGCAGUUGAAGCAGCAGGAAGAUUAACUGAAGAAAACAGAAUAAGAGCUGCAUCUGAAAAUUCAAGCAUGAGUAGGUCUCAAGAUUCAGGAGUAAUUUCCAGUCAGGUUCCUCCUGAUCAUCAGAGAGAGACUAAUGUCAAGUCCCAAGGGCAAAUUGGCCAAGAAAAUCCAACCUCAGCCUAUGUAACAUCAACACCAAUUAAAACUAGUCAAAUUCUGGGCAAAAUUGCCGAGUAUGAAAUUUUGCCAAGCCAGAUGAUCCUUGAUGACCCAUUGCUGUCAUCCAUUGAUGACUUGGAAGAUAUAACUGAACAUCAAAUUGAGAGUUUAGGAUCAGAUGAUGAGUGUGAAAAUAGUUUGUCAACAUUACAUCAAACUAAAAUAAAAGCAGAUUGUGACACUACUAAAAAAUGUUCCAUUAUGAAUCCAAUUUGUAAUGAAAUAUCAGCAAAAUCAAGCAUAAACGAAAGCCAACCAUUUUCAAAAAUCAUAAAAUCAGAUGCAUCAUCUGUAAAGAGGAAUAUAUUUGAUAUUCCUGUUAGUCCCAAAUUAAAGAGUCGGGUCCGUCAACGGCUGUAUACUUUAGUUAAUUCUAUUGAUGGCUACAAAGGAAAUAUAAAUGUUGAAGAUGAAGAAGAAAAUAUCAGGAAAAUCUGCUUUGAAGCCGUAAAAUCCAUGUCAAAUUCCAAACUUAAUAUGUCUGACUCUAUUCAAUCAAAUGCUUCUUCAAUUUCUGACCCGAGAGAAAAAUUACCGAACAAACCCUGUGUUCAAGGUAUAAAAAAUGACCUGAUAAUAACUAACUGUGUGUGUAAUGCCAAAGUUUGCAAAUGCCAUUCACAAGAAUGUAUUGCAGUAAACAUGAGUCAGCAAAGAGACAAUUCAAACCUAAAUAAUACAUACAUAUCUACCCUUAACAACAGUGUUAGUGAAAGGUACGGGAGUGUUCUGUCCACUGUGCUGGAAUCUCAAGUGAGAACACUGCAACUUCACCAUGAGCAGCUUAACCAAGAAAAACUCAGUGUUGCCAUGCAGAAAAAAGAUCAGGAAACUCAAGCCAGAAUCUCUCUCUAUCAAGGAAAGUUGCAGCAGAUAACUCAGGUUAUGGAUGAUCUGAAAUUCAAGAUGUCAGAAAUGCAAAAGAAGAUUACAGAGCAAUCUCAGUUUUAUGAAGACAAAAUCAAGAAGCAAGAUGAAAAACAUAGGGAAAAUUUGGCAACAACAAAGAUUUUGUGUGAGAAAAAGGUUCAUGAAGCAGAAUCUAAGAUUCGUGAGGAAAUAACAAAAUCAUAUGAAAAGAAAAUUCUGGAAAUAUUAUCCACAACAAAGGAAAAGGCUGCAGUAGUUGAAAAAGAGCAGCAACUCAAUAUACUUCAGUUGAAUAACAUUAUCAGCAAGCUAAAAGCAGAAAAAAAACAACUUGAAGCAUUACUAGCUGAUUCAAAUACAAACUUUGACAACAAUAAAUUGGUUGUUAGAAUUGUUGAGAUUUCAAAGGAGAAGGAUGCUAUUCAAGAAGAGCUGGAAUUAACAAAACAAAGGUAUGUUUUAACCACUGCACUGCACAGAGCACCUUAA